CAAACCACUAUAUAAACAACAACAUAAUCACCCAAUUUUUCAUCAAAAACUUGAUCAUCCAAAACUCUCACUAUUUGAUUUGUGAUACUCUCUCUCGAUCAAGAAGUAUAUAUAAAAGACAUGGCAGAUAGUUCCCAAAAGAUGAGCUACCAAGCUGGAGAGGCCAAAGGUCAGGCUGAAGAGAAGGCGAGCAAUCUAAUGGAUAAGGCAAGCAAUGCAGCGCAAUCGGCUAAAGAGACGAUACAAGAGGCAGGCCAACAGAUGAUGGCAAAGGCUCAAGGAGCGGCCGAUGCUAUCAAGGAUGCAACUGGCAUGAACAAAUAAAGAAUUAAGUGUGCAUGUUUGGAUUGACUUUCUUUCUAGCUAUUAGAACCGUCAAUCCAAACGUACCUUAACAUUAUUUCAUUUCAUUUUAUUAUAUGUGCGUUGCCUAUGCACAAGUUUUAUUUAACGUUUUUAUGAUUCUUUUUGUUAGUGAGUUGUUUUUCUUUUAAUUUUGUCAUAAGAGACUCCCUUUGUGGUGUUUUACUCUAUGGAGAGUUGUAAUAGUUCUUUCUCGUUAUAUUUAAUUAUAUAUUCAUAAGAUUUUUGGGUA